AUGAUUUCCACGGAACCGAAAGAAUUAUUUGCGUUUACUCAACGGCAAUUUCGGAGCCAUGAAGAUGAGCUCGCUCAUACUUAUCUGGCUUCUACUAAUCGCAAUCUACUCAGAGAUUCUCGACAAGAUCACCUCGCGCCCGCCCGCCAGCGCCCGCCGCCGCCCGCCCCGCCCGCCUCCCGGCGCCCCAACGGCCGCCGCGCAACCCGCGCCGAGGUCCCGACCCGCGUCCAUCGAGCCCGCAGCUCGCCGCAGCGGGCGCGGCGGCACGCCGCGGCCCCGCUGCGACACCUCGCAUGCGCCCGGCGCCCCAGCAGCGCCGCGGCCGGGACGCGGGCCACACGCGCCCUGCGGCGCCCACGGCAGCGGCUGCGACCCGUCCGGCACCUCAGCCGCGGCGGGGACGCCCCCGCCCCGCAGCCGCCCCAAGCGGCGCCGCUCGCCGCCCCUGCGCGGCCAACGAGCCCCCGCCCGGCCAGCACCUGCCAGCCCGCCGCCGCGCCGCGACCCCGCCGCCACCCCCCCGACCAAGGCGCCACCGCCGCCCCGCGCGCGCCCUGCCCCGGCCGCCCCGCAGCGUCCCGCGAACCGAGCCGGCCCGCCACCGCCCCGCCGCUGCGUCAAGCGGCAGGAGCCCGCCGCGCCGGUCCCGGCAGCGCCAUCCACCCUCGGCAGCCAGCCGCACCGCUCAGGGCCCCCCGCGGCAUCGCGCGCCGCCGCCUCGCCCCGCCGCCCGCCCGCAGGACCCGAGCGAACACAUGCGCGCGGCACCGCAAACCCCCCUAG